AUGCGGCCUCUGUCAUCUCACCAACAACCUUUCCCCACCACUUACUACGACAUUUGCAAGGGCGAGCAAGGCAGUGAACCCACGGGCGAGCCAAGCAGUGAACCCAAGCUUAACCGAAACAAAUCCUUCUUUCGACCUUCAAAAGCUAGAAUGUCUACGCCAUCCGCAGCCUGGCCCAUCGCCGACACCACCCUAGCCGAAAAGCUUCUGGAUCUGAUCCAGCAAGCUACUCACUACCACCAAAUCUCGAAAGGCGCCAAUGAAGCAACCAAAACGUUGAACCGAGGCACCUCCGAGCUCAUCAUCAUGGCUAGCGACGCCGAGCCUCUGGCCAUUACACUUCAUCUUCCACUCCUGUGUGAAGACAAGAACGUGCCGUUCGUCUAUGUGCCCAGUAAAAUGGCACUGGGACGGGCUUGUGGCGUCGGUCGCUCGGUUGUGGCUGUCAGUCUCACUAGCAACGAGGCGAGCGAUCUGAUGGGGCAGAUCAGGGCUAUGAAGGACGCGGUGGAGAGGAUUGCGAUUUGA